ACGCAACGGAGGACUGUGAAUGGGAGUUUAUUUUGUUUCUCAGUCUGUACUGGCAGCGAAUCAUACAUAGCUUAGUUUAUCAGACAAGCUGCUUUUCUUGAGCAAAGAAAGAACUAGGAGAGAAACGGGGCUUUGGAACCCUGAUGCGGCAAUGCUGAAAGAGGAGAAAUAUCCCAAGGAAGGGAAAGGUGUGUUGCAGAACGAUGAAAAAUAGGCGGCUUCUCACAGCUGUUCUCAGGGGACGAGACGGGGUGGGAUGCAGCUCCGCCGGUGCCUAACACUAAGGGCCCUCAUCCUGCCGAUUCGGUUGUGUCGGGACGGCCAGUGCUGUCUCCUCGUCAGAUGCUGCUUCUGGUCUCCCCGCAGAAGACGCCACUGGAGUUGCCUUUUCAAGGAUGGGGACAUUUGAAGGCCCUGGACGCUCAGCUCUGCGGCGGGCUGAGAUCUCACUAGCACCCCCUGGUGGAGGCCGGCGCCAAGCUGAUGCGGGAAGUAGGGCGCGGAAGCGCUCCGGAUUGGACCGGUAGCAGCUAGACUGAAACGCCUGUAUUUAAAGGGAUAGUAACUUGGACUCGUUCUGCAAUAUCCCCACAGGGGCCUGACUGAGUGAGCGAGCAUGGACGGCCGCGGGGCUUUCUGGACAGGGGCCAUUCCCAGAGCCAGGCAGGAAGGCCUCGGGAGGCUGGGGCUCCCGUUCCCGGUGAAGCGGACGCCGCCAGCGCCCUAGAACCCAGGAGGAAGCACACAGGCCCCACAGAGAGUGGUUGGCAGGAUUCACUCGGGGAUUAGGAUGCCGGCCAAAUCGCGGAAUUUGAGGCUGGAAUCCAAGCUCAACAGGAAAGUAGUGAAAUACAAAUGGGAAAAACAGGGCUCUGGAGCAGGGAGGGAGCUGGUGCCGGCAUUUCCCACCCACGCCGGUUUGGGAAGGCGGGACCGACGCCGGCCGCCCCCUGCUGGAGGGGAUGUGGCAUCUCACGGGCUGCCCGGGAGCGGGGCUGGCUACUCCUGCGACCAGCGUGAAGAGGGUCUCAGGGGGGGCUGUGGGGGGAUCCCCCACGCACCCUUGUUCCUCUCACCGUUACCUCUGGAUGCCUCGGGGCAAAGGCCUUCCUCCACCUAUAAACAGAGUCGACGCAUGGGUCUUGGAACCCGGGCACACCAGUCCCCAGCUAACGAAAUCCCCGAGGUGGGGGAUUCGAGAGGGUCACGUUUGGCCCAGGAACCCGCAGUCCUCUUUGGUCUUCGGCCGUCUAUUUCUAAGCGUGGGCUUCUGGCACGGCGGCUCUGGGCACAGCCCAUGCUGCUUUCGGGCUGGGUGGCUUCAGUGACGACAACAAUUAUCACAGUGACGGUGACCUUCACCCCAACAGGACUGCUGUGUGUGAAGCACUCAAGAGAGCCCCUACAACCAACCUGCCAGGAGUCGGCUCCUGAAAACUGGGUCGGAAAAGGUCAGUGCCCAUCAGAAUCGAGCUGUUGGCGAAAAGCUGGAAAGGUCAGGAGCUUUGUCCAUCUCAAGGGCAACAAACUGCCUUGACCCUGAGGACCCUGAAGACGAGUUUCCCUCACCGCAGCUCUCGAGACAACAGGGAUCGGAUUCAGAAAGACACUGCCUGUAUAAGGCUCUUGUUUGUCUUGUUUUUAAUUCCUGCCCUCUGCCUCCAAAUCUCAGUCCUCUAUCUGUGAAACGGAAUUCGGCCUUGCCUGUCCACAAAAUGAAGACAAGGCAUCUCGUGUAUGUUAAGAUGAAACAAGAUCUUAGCAAAAGAGUAAUGAUUUCUUUUUUAAAACAUUUUUACUGUACUAAAAGGUACUAUAACAUAAAAUUACCAUUUCAAUCA